AACUCCGCGGAGCGAGUGGGAGCUGGAGCGCCUGUCUAUAUGGCGGCCGUGCUGGAGUACCUGACGGCCGAGAUCCUGGAGCUGGCGGGCAACGCGGCGCGCGACAACAAGAAGACGCGCAUCAUCCCGCGCCACCUGCAGCUGGCCAUCCGCAACGACGAGGAGCUCAACAAGCUGCUGGGCAAGGUGACCAUCGCGCAGGGCGGCGUGCUGCCCAACAUCCAGGCCGUGCUGCUGCCCAAGAAGACCGACAGCCACAAGGCCAAGUGA